UACAAAAUGACGUUAGUGGAAGUUAUGAUACCAGCUGAAUUUUAAUUUAUACAGCUUUUAUCAGGAAGAUUGAAAAUACAUUUAAAAAUAAUAAAUUGUAUUUCGUCGGAACUCCAAAUCAGAAACAUUAUUUAUCAUUUUGUGUUUAUUUAAGGAUAUCUGCUUAUACAGGGAUACUUAUUAGAGUUUUAAAAGGAAACGAAUAACAAAAGGAUACUAAUUGAUAGACAAAUGGCGUCGUUUCGGGGCUUUCUGGCGCUGGUGGCGAGCGUUGCCUGCUGCUGUUACCAAGUUAAAGCAGCAGAAAACUACGAGGAGUCUAUUAAUUGGGAGGUCCCCGCGGAGACGGCGGAGCACACAAAUGCCAUAGCAACAUUCCUGGGAUUCCAGUGUCCAAAAGGUCACCGGUGCCUACCAGUGUUGGAAUGCCUGCCAUGUGAUUAUGGGACGUACAAGGAGAGUGAGGGAUCGGACCUGUGUUCCCUCUGUCCAGCUGGCUGUACCACACUGAGACGUGGGGCGGAGAGCUGGCGAGAGUGCGUCCCCAAGUGUCCUCCAGGCUACGAGGAAUCCUCGGAUGGGAAGACCUGCAUUAAGUGUCAUCCCGGCUACUACAAGUCGGGCUGGAGAAACGUCGCUUGUAGUGCCUGUCCCCCUCUGGCCGCGUACCCACCAGAUGAAAUUGGACUUGUGCGGGAAAGCCAGUGUUACGCGCAUGGCACAUUGGCACCAAGUACAUCCCUAGAACCCGAAGAACCGGUUGAUGGCUGUAAUGUUGGAGAUGUCUGUACCUUCGAAGAGUAUGAUGAAGUACGUUUACGGCUGCGGUACGGCACAGAUUGUCGACAGUUUUGUCAUUGUGCACACAGCGAAACCAUUGAGGACGGCAGCGUCUUGUACUACUGGGAGGUUCAGCAGUGCCCAGACGGCACACAGUUCAAGGAUGACGGUGUGAAUGCUCCUGGGUGUUUCCAUGAGUGGCAUGUACAGUGUCCUGACGGGAUGGAUACGUCUACUCCGCACCCAGGUUCGACAGAAAGGAUAUCAGGAUAUCCGUCGACCCCCACAACGGCAAGUGUAACUGAAUAUCCACAUACAACGUGCGUAGAAUAUGCCCCAUGCUCACAAUAUGAGCACGAUCAUGUUCGUCUGCGAAUGCUACCGGACUCCAACUGUACGGCGUUCUGUCAGUGCGCCACGGCUGAAACCAUAGGUUUUGGCGCCGUUUCUUACCAGUGGGUGCGGCAAGAGUGUCCCCGAGGCCUAGCAUGGGACGAAGGGUACCGUGUGUGUAUACACAAACACAUGGCUAACUGUGAAUGGGGAGGGUAUGAAACAUCGACGCUUUCAUCACCAGCCCCGCCUGAAGAUCCAGAUUCGAUUGGAUGCAACAUUGGAGACACGUGCUCACAAGAAGAACACGACGACGUGCGCCUAAAACUUCUUCACAAUAGUGACUGUGAACAGUUCUGCCACUGCGCUCCGGCGACCACGAACGGUGAUGCAAGUACGGAGUACUACUGGGUGGUGCAAACAUGUCCACAGGGAACAGCGUUUUCUGACGCUUAUGGAUUUGGGGGUUGUUUUCAUGCCAUGAACGUUGUCUGUGCUGACGGAAACUACACAAUGCAAACCACAGACUCCCCGCAAACUGGUCCCACGAUGACUCCUCACGUGCCAACCGGUGCACCUGAAAUAUGCUCAGAAGGAGCCCCAUGCUCACAAUACGAACACGAUGUAACAAGACUACUAGCACUUCCGGGAACCAACUGCACGGCUUUCUGUCAGUGCGCCCCAGCCAACACGGAUGAGCAGAGCGUGGUCACAUACAAAUGGUUGCGACAAGAGUGCCCACAAGGCCUUGCUUGGGAUUCAGACUACCGUGUGUGCAUCAAUGAACGCCGUGCUUCGUGCGAACUAAAUGGGUAUGAAACAUCGACGCUUUCAUCACCAGCCCCGCCUGAAGAUCCAGAUUCGAUUGGAUGCAACAUUGGAGACACGUGCUCACAAGAAGAACACGACGACGUGCGCCUAAAACUUCUUCACAAUAGUGACUGUGAACAGUUCUGUCACUGCGCUCCGGCGACCACGAACAGUGAUGCAAGUACGGAGUACUACUGGGUGGUGCAAACAUGUCCACAGGGAACAGCAUUUUCUGACGCUUAUGGAUUUGGGGGUUGUUUUCAUGCCAUGGACGUCGUCUGUGCUGACGGAAACUACACAAUGCAAACCACAGACUCCCCGCAAACUGGUCCCACGAUGACUCCUCACGUGCCAACCGGUGCACCUGAAAUAUGCUCAGAAGGAGCCCCAUGCUCACAAUACGAACACGAUGUAACAAGACUACUAGCACUUCCGGGAACCAACUGCACGGCUUUCUGUCAGUGCGCCCCAGCCAACAUGGAUGAGCAGAGCGUGAUCACAUACCAAUGGGUGCGACAAGAGUGCCCACCAAGCCUUGCUUGGGAUUCAGUCUACCGUGUGUGCAUCAAUGAACGAAGGGCUUCGUGCGAACUAGAUGACUUGGGAACAUCUGAGACACCACUCACUUCAAACGGAACAUCUAGAUCGACAGAAGGUACAUGCGGUCACUAUCUGAACGGCUUGGAAGGCAUAAUAGAACAUCCUUCUCCUUUCGGUAACCGGACGUACGGUAACCAGGAAGCAUGUACUUGGGACAUCGAAGUAUCAUCUGGAAGCGUUAUCAGUCUGACAUUUUGGGUGUUCGAUGUAGAGCCGGUAACAAAUUGUACCCACGAUAAUGUUACCUUGAUGGAAAAUGGCAUAGUUUCUGAAACGCUCUGCAAUAUAACCAUUCCUUACACAUACACGUCUACGACAAACAGAUUAACAGUGAAAUUUGCUUCCGAUCCAAGUGUACAAGGGAUUGGAUUCCAAGCAAACUGGUCGGAAAUCGCAAACCCGACGUCAACGGAAACUCCUGUCUCGACUGAACGACCAGCCGAUUACAUAGAGUGUGGAGUGUAUCCCGCGGACAUAGUUAUUGUCAUCGACGGAUCAGGCUCGAUUUCGCCAAACGACUUCCAAACUCAGUUGCAAUUCGUUUCACGCAUUGUCGAGGAACAUGACGUCACAUCUGCUAACGCACGUGCAAGAAUCGGUGUUGUCACUUUUAGUGAUGUCGUGACUGACUACAUUCGACUGAAUGACUACAUUGAUGACAAAGAUGGUCUUAUGGCCAGAAUUCUGUCAAUUCCGCAACGAGGUGGUACUACUAAUACAGGAGGGGCACUAAGGUUUGUGCGUGAAGUUAUUCUGCAAGAGGGGAACGGUGCUCGACAAUUUGCUCAGAAUAUAGUAUUUGUAAUUACUGAUGGUGUGUCCACCAACGCUGCUGAUACUGCUGCUGAAGCCAGCAAUCUAAAGACAGUUUCAUCGAAGGUAUUCGCUAUUGCCGUUGGAGAUUUCAGCGUAGACGAAUUGUACCAUAUUGCAUCUAAUGACGACUAUGUGAAACAAGUUCAAAGCUUCGACGCUCUCUCAAGUAUUUCCAACGAGCUGAAACGGGAAUCGUGUGCUGAUAUUACAGCCGGAUGUAUCGAAGGAGGUUUAUGCACCCAAUAUGAACAUGACGAGAUACGCCAUCGACUUCUAUUCGGCACCGAUUGCUCCACCUACUGUCACUGCGCAACUAAGACGACCAACAAUGACGGGAGUGUGGAGUACUACUGGGCAAGAGUCAACUGUCCCGGUGGAACGCUGUUUAACGAAUCCACCACCCUUAGUGAACGUAUCUGUAUCCAUAGCCAGGAUGUAACAUGUACAGACGGUUGGUUGUAUGAAGUUGAGGACACUACACCAUUUCAAAACAUUACCUCGACAACUCAACGAGCCCCAUAAGCGCCACUACAGACUGAAGUUAGAAAGGACACGGACAGUUUUGAAAAAUAAAUCCAUUAGUCCGAAUUGGACGAAAUAAAAUGUUAUGAGGUUAUCAAAGAGGGUAGUUUAACAAUACCUAACGUCAUGUGUACUAAAACCACUAAGGUAAAAUCACCUGACCCCCCCCACACCAUUACUACAGAUUGGAUUAAUUUCGCGAGGUCAUUUUGAGGGGUUUCGGUCUAAUUAGGUUUAAAAUUUGCAACGCCAUUAAAUUAUCAUCAGCCAACAUGGGUUAGCUAUUUAACACCCUGCUGUAUUAUCUCUACCUGGUCUAUUCGCACAAUAACGCGAAAUAAUCCCUGGCGAAAAUGACCCAAUCUGUUGAAAUUAUAAAAAGUUUUAUUUGUAUUUACUUCUUUUGUUGGUGAAUAUGCGAACUUCGUUAUAUUGUUUUAAAAUAACUUGUUUUUACUGUACACGUCACAUUUGCCACAUGUUUCUUUGGAUUAAUAUGGACGAGUGACUCCCUGUGAUAUUGAUGUGACCAUGUCAAUUUGUCGAAUGUCUUUCAUAAUAAAAUGUCUGUGCGAUAUUUGUGUGUUAUGUGCGAUUAAUAUUACUUGGUAAUUUGUGAUUGCUGUGUUCAUAUGAAUUUCAAAAUGUUUUAGUGUAAUUUCGCUGUUUGCCUUUCUAUGAUUAUGAAGAAAUGGUUUUGCUAAAGGCUGUGAUACAUAUUGUGAUAUUGUUGUUAAUAUCUGCUUUAUCAUUCAAUUGUGUGAUGAAUGUUACAAUAUGGUUGCUACAAUGUCCCACAGCUGUCUGGCUCAUGCCUUACAUAGGACAUUAAGCUACAUCGAUUGUUUGCAUUGUUGUCGUUCACGCACUUGUUUUUGUUUAUCGGUGAGGGAAAACUCGAUUAAAUUCCCGUAAAUAAUGAUCAUUUGAAUUCUGCAUUACCGUAACAUUAAGGAAGAUACAAUUAAGUUCGAAAGACAGCGAUUAUGAAAAAUAACCAUUUUGAGAAAAAGAUUAAAUUAGGACGCUUAAGUUUGAUUCUAAAAGAUCACAAUUAAGUUUUUUUGUGUUAAUUGCCUGAUGCUAUAUGUUAAAUAUGUCAUUAUUUUCAAUUUCUUUUCAGGUCAUUUCACUGAUAAUACUAAAUAAAAGCAUUAAUAUUUCGAUGAAAAACUACAGAAACAAGCCAUUGUUUAAAGUUUUAACAUUUCAUUCUUCUUAUCUGAUAUUUAGUACUUUGUUUAAUGAUAUAUUCUGUGUACCACACACUUUCUGGAAAAUAAGUUGAUGUAAUUUCUUGACUAUUAAAAAUUGUCUUUU